UAUUCAUAUCCCUUGCUACAACCGUUGCUGCCGUUGACAGAGCACUCUACGCCCGUAUUUCGCGUAAUCUUAUCGAAAUGUGCCCAAUGUUGAAUGUGAUUUGUGUAUUCGAUCAGUGAAUUUUAAAUAAUCAUACAAGUCAGCCGAAUUUAGUGCACUGUCUGAGCUUUAGCUCUGCGCUAUGAAAACGAACAGACAAGCUAGUGUUUUUGUACUUUUUGUGUCGGUGGUCGAAGAGCGGCUUCGGUGCAGGGUUACCUUUACCAUGUGCGUCAGGUAGUGUUUUGCUCCUAUUAGUUUGUCUACAAACUAAUAAUGUUGGCGCGUAGAUACAGUGGUGAGCACUGAGUGAGUGAGGCGUGGUGUUUUGGUGAUUCAUAGUGCGUUGUGAGGAUAUGAAGGUGACGGUGUGCUUUGGAGCUGUGCGGGUGCUGGUGCCCUGCGGCGCCGGCGACCUGCUGGUCCGGGACCUGGUGCGGGAAGCCACUCAUCGCUUCAAGAAAGCUACGGGACAGGGCCCCGAAACAUGGGUGGGAGUGCGAGCGCUGCGCGCCAGCUCCGGUGGCAUCCUGGACCCGGACGACCGCGUGCGCGACGUAGCGGACGACCGCGAGACGCUCACCGCCGAGUGCGCAGCCCAAGCGCCGGUGCCGCGGGCGGCGCAGGCGGACGGCGCCAGCGGCUCCAGCGCGGGUACCGCGUCCCCGGACAUGUUCCGAGGCGGCGGUGGCGUCGGCGGCAGUAUGCGUGUGCCCAACUCUGAGUCGUGCGUGGAGGUGGGCGCGGCCGACCUCGAAGACGGCGCCAACGGGCUGCAAGUCCGGCGCGGCAGCGAACCCACCCUGCACCAGGACACGUUACCUCCUCAACGAACGGCCACAGAGCAGACGAAACGCUGGUCAGCAGCUGUAGUCUGUCGGGACGACAACAGAACGACACAGAAAGUGCAUCCGUUGCCGGACGGUCGACCACCAGACCCUGACAGAUUGAAUCCCGGCCACUUCCAGCGACAAACCAAUAGGCUCUCCAUGCAGUUCUCUGGACCUGGGAGUGGAGUAUGGCUAGACGCAGCCGACCGAGUCCAGAGCUACGGCAGCAAGAGUUUACCCCGCGACGCUAGAAGAGAACCGCUCGGCCAGGACACGUCGGGCGACAACCACCGAGUCGAAGACAUGUUGCGAUGGGUGUCGGGAGUCAACAACGUCGCCAGCGUGCAUCCGCAGGAGCGCCCACUUGAUCUCUUACCUGAGGUGGGCAGCACGGAGCGAGCGAUAUCCGGUCAAGAAGUCCCAGUGAGCCCGAGCAGCAAGCCUGCGACGGCGACGCAAAACGUAUCCGUCACUCUUGUGAAAGGCGAGAAGGGAUUAGGCUUCACCAUCACCACCAGAGAUAAUCCUACGGGCGGACACUGUCCUAUCUACAUUAAAAAUAUUCUUCCUAAGGGCGCCGCGGUCACGGACGGGCGGCUGCGCGCCGGCGACCGCCUGGUGUCCGUCAACGCCGUGUCGGUGGCGGGCCUCACGCAGCAGCAGGUGGUGGCCCUGCUCCGGAACACGCCCACUGACUCCACCGUCGACAUCGUGGUGCAGCGGCCCGUCAGCAGAACGCAGAGGGUUGAGCCCCAACAGAGUCCACAAAAAUACUCAGAAAAAGCGAUAGGCACGCCCAACGGCCAAUCCAAACCAGUGGACGUCGGUGAGAACGGCCGAGUAUCCAGUAUAGUGAACGCCAUCAACCAGGGCUCGGCGCGAGGUCGGAUACCCAAGAGCUCCUCGAAGGACGACCUGAUCAAAGACCAGGACAGUUCGCUGCAGGAAGCUUUGAAUUCUAGUUCUAACUCUAUCCUUAGUUUAAGAAAUCGUCUGAUCCUUCGGUUAGACGUGCCUGUGCACGACUCGGAGAAGGCCGGGCUGGGCAUCAGCGUCAAAGGCAAGGUCACCGUGGGCACGGACCCUCAGGACCUUGGCAUCUUCAUCAAGUCUGUGCUGCACGGUGGAGCCGCUUCAAGAGAUGGCAGAUUACACACGAACGACCAGCUGCUGAGCGUGAACGGCGUGUCCCUGGUGGGGCAGUCCAACGCCGAGGCCAUGGAGACGCUGCGCCGCGCCCUGCUGCACGCGCGGCCCAGCGUGCGCGGCAGCAUCUCGCUCACCAUCGCCAGGAGGACGGAUAGCAUGGACAGCCUCGCUCGAUGGAAAGACGACACGCCGCCCAACGGCAACGAGUCCGGCAACACCACCAACAGCGUCGACAAUAACAACAGCUCCCAAAACUUCAACACCGUCAUAUACAACACCGACAAAGAGAACAAACCCACCGACUACAACCAAAACAAAUUCGACAACCACAAAGAGAGAAGCAUAGACAACCACGAGCACAGAGGCAGCAAGAAGCACGCGUCAAUAAUUACAAUAAAUAACAACACGAGCUGGGUCUCCAAUCAAUCUGACGAUAGCAAAGGGUAUUUAGAAAGAGAGAAAGAUACGGUUCCUCACGAUCCUAAAAGAGAUAGCUUCGAGUGGAGUCGCCUGGACGGCUGGAAUCCUGUCAUAGACAGGCUGACCGGGUUAAGGAACGAGAGCUAUUACAUGGCGACGCAACUGGAGGCGCCGGUGACGAACGGCCACUUCCGGCCGAACGUGGGGCAUGUGCACAUGUCGCGGUCGCCGCCCGCGCACCAUAAUGUUAUUAUUGAAGAAGACUAUGGAACCACGACGAGAGGGAGCACAAGCGGGCCCGGCGAGUCCGGCAGCGAGAGCGGCGCGGGCUUCAGCCGCGACGCGGUGGGGCGGCGCUCCAUGUCGGAGAAGCGCCACGCCGCCAUGGACGCCAAGGCCACCGGCACCUACAAGAAGAUCAAGGAGAUCAAGGCCAUGCACUCAUUACAAGUUGGUCCAUCACUGGGGAUGCGGAAGUCGUCAAGUUUAGAAUCGCUACAAACAGCGAUACAGGAAAACCAAAGGAAUCCGCGGAACGAGCCGAUAUACGCGCGUGCGCAUCCACCGCUGAAGCACUGGCUGACGGACGGCGGGCGCGGGCCGGAGGGCAUGGUGCGCGGCUCGCCGCAGCAGUCCUCGCUCUCGCACAAGAAGCCCUCGCUGCUCAAGUCGCUCUCCAACAUGCUAAGAAUCGGCAAACCUCACAAAAAAACGGAAACGGAAAUAUACGGCAGAUGUCAACCAGGCCGAGCUUCGGAGAAAUCACUGUCAAGGGAAGCGUUAGAGCGGCACAACCGGGAAGAGAGAAUGGAGGAGAACACACACGAUAAGCCCUCGCCGCAGCACUCGCGGCAGAGCAGCGGCGAGCGCCCGGAGCGCGCGCCGCCCUACCGCGCGCCGCCCGCGCGCGCCGCGCCGCCGCCCAAGCCCCAGCACCCAGGAAUGGAAAGUGCCUGGGGACCAACCGGCCACUACGUCAACUACGACGAAAUCCAACAAAACCUUAACGCGCGGCGUGAAAAGUUGAGCGAAGUGCAAAUAGGACAGAUGAGGCGGCAAGUUCACGCGCAGAGGGCCAAAGUCGAGGAGGAGAGCCGCCGGGCAGGCGCUCCCACUGGCUACCACUCGCAGCGCUCCUGUAGGGACCCGCCCGCCGCGCGCCCGCAGUCCAACUACUACGAGUACGAGAGCGGCGCGCCCAAGCGGCCCGGCAAGCUUUCCCAUUACCACUGAACAUCUGUGUAGCUUUUAGGUUAAAAGAUACCACUUCGUCGGUCGGCGAUAAGGCCCAAAUAUCCAAUUACAAAUCGACCAAUUAUUGACAAUCGACAAAGUGGUACCAACACAGUUUAACUAUAGGUACCUACCAGCGCCCAUUCAAAACCAUCCGGUAAGCUCUCGCAUCACCACUGCACGUAUUGUGCAGACAGACAAAAGGUACCACUUUGUCGGCUGUAAAGUUGUCAUUGAUAAAAAAGCGGGCUUCUAUGAAUCGGAUUCCAAGAAAAGGGUGCCCCGAGUUAAGCUUGCAGAAACGCGGUCUCCACUCCAUAGGUUAAGAUAGCAACAUUUGUAUUGCUCUUGCAAAUCGAGUGCAAAUUUAGCGCCUGCCAAAGCCUCCUGCUACUGAAAAACCUUAUUAAAAAUGUGUCCUUAUUGUCAACAAAUAAGAUGGUACCUUUUUACCCGAAAAUAUCAAGAUGUACAUGACUAAGUUAAUUAUUUGCUACUAUUUGAACCCAAUAUGUUGAAUUCAAACUUUGUUAAUGUUGUAUUUUUUACCAUCACGUUUGUCUAGAGCCCAGGCAAUCUAUUUUGAGCCAAAUCGUUAUUCUGUUAGGUCUUAUAAAAUGUUACACAUUUUGUUUUUCACAUGUUGUAGUUUGCUUGAAUAAAAUAUAGGUAAGAUUCAAAGGCUCAAAGGCAAUAUAAAAAGAUCCCUUAAAAGGGAUAUGUUAGUGUUGGUGUUAUUAUGAAUCUGAAAGAAAAGUGUUCACAUACGUACAUAAAGACAAGUGUUAAUUCCAAACAACGGGUAAUUUUGGCUAGAAGCUAUAUACAAAAAUGUACGAUAAAUGCGGUACCUUUGCUUGGAAACGACACAUUUCAUUAAAAUGUAAAUGUUAUUAAUAGAUAAGUAUUAUUAAUCAAUAGAUAAUUAACGUAUCUAUGAGUAAAAACGCUUAGAUAGCUACCACAUUGUCAAUACGAGUAGCUAAGGAAUAUUACAGGUAGUAGGUAUUUACUUUAGUAAUCUCGUUUCCAUUCUACAUUUUGCCCCUUUUCAGAAUGGCCACCACAAAUACCGACGGCAGAUCUCCUUGAACGCUCACGAUCGCUAGUUCUCGCGAUUCUCACACGAGCUACAAUUGUUUGGGUUUUCCUGCCCGUUGUCUAUUAUUAAAAUGUUAAUUGUCACCGCUUAUUGAUUCAGUGGUCUGCAAACCUGACUUUGAAUAAGUAUAGUCACAUAAUGAUUAUAAGGCGAGGUUGACCUGAGUGUUAUCUCGUGACUACCUAUUGUAAUUAAAUAGUCAUCGUAAUAAUUAUGUUUUUUAUUCGAUUGUUUCAAGGAAAUAUAGGUUUAAAUAAUAAGGACAUGGAAUUGUAUAAACAGGAAAGGGCGAGCCUUAUUGUCUUUUUAACUUAAAAAAUAUGAUAGUGUACUUCAUUUCCUGAAGUCGUCAUAUGACGAUGCCGUUGUUGUUGCCGAUCUUAAUGUACCUUGCGGUAAACAACUUUUCCUAAUCUUUUUCAACUCUGAGGUUCCUUUUAACAGAAAACCUUUUCUUGCAGAAGCCUUCGUUCGGUGAAUGUGGUAUGCGGAAUGUAUAGAUACCACAGUGUUCGGUAUGCAGAAUGACAUAUUGAGCACCAACGGCUGGCAAAAAAGUAAUGACGUGUAAUGAUCUUCAUAAAUUAAAUCUGUUAAAUAUUUAUGCGUGGAAUCCAAUAACAUUAUUUUAAAAUUAUUGAAUUCCAUGCAUUCAGUAAUUUCAAAGAUAUUUAUUAUAGGAUAUUUUUUUUUUAUAAAAACAACGCGUACUUAUCUACUAAACUGACUAGGCAUUAAAAAUAAUUAUAUAUCUUUUUUAAAAUGUAGAGUAACGCAGUGGCUUACGUGAGCGAACAACUCGCGAUGCGACGUGGCGCGUCGCAGCGCGGCGGCCCUACGGCAUUCGGAGAUCGCCCACGUAGGACACUUCCAUAGGUAUCAAAGGAUUGAAUUUACCCGCGCCGCGCCGCGCCGCUUCGCGUUCGCGAGUUAUUCGCUCACGUAAGCAGACACCUAAGGCGGUUAUCACAGUAAAACUAUUCUCGGUAACCGUUUUACUACUUAAGCAGUUGGAAUUUUUAGGUUUUUAGCCAAUUUCAAUUGAGACUUUAAAACAAAAUGUUGUACCUAUAGUUGUCGUUCACGUUAAUUAAAAAAUAAUAACCACGUCGAACGAAACGACCUCAUAAAAUUCGUUACAUAAAAGUAAUUUAGCAUUAUCUCCUUAUGACCGCAAUAACGACAUCGCGUGAGCGCUUCCGGUUACCCGUAGCGGACGUUGUGUCACGCCACUGUGAUCUUUCAUAUUUUAUUAUUCUGAAAACGAUCUGUUCUGCUAUGUCCCCAUGUAGAGACGUGCUCGAAUUGAGCAUUAGUCCGUGGCGAUGGCACUGUUGAUAUACAUCCUCAUUGUUAUGGCUGGUUUUAGUUUUCACUCAGCGUGGCCCUGCCGUUGUUCCUGCGAAGCUACCACUAUAGAAGCUGUGUGCGCCUUUAACUAAGUACUGACCGCAUCUGCGUACGACCCACCACAGGACUGAUCGUCAGGAGAAUACUAAAACCAGCCAUAUACCUACUUAUCGAGCUUGGGGCCAAUUCGACUCGAGAAUCAGAAUGACAGCUGCGACGGGCCUACCAUGUGUCUACUUUUCUUAUCAAUGGACACUAAAGUGGACACCUGGUACGCUACGAGUUUAUUUUGAUGAGUCAAAUAGCCCCUCUUGUCUCUACGUGGGGACGUAGCACUUAUUGCAAUAUAGUGACAGUGAUUUUAUACCUACGUAUAGAUAAUUUACUUAGCAUAAGUAACGUUAAAAGGAUUGUGUAAUUCCAUUGCUAACAUUCCUAAUUAAAUUGAAAUGUCGGGUAUUGGUAUUUUUAUAUCAGUGAGUAAAAUUAAAUUAAAUUAAAUUUUGAAAUGGUUCAUAUUCACAUUCACAUAUUUUAUAUAUGUUGUGCAAAACACAUCAAUGUUUCGCUUAAUUACUUAAUUACUCGCUGGUUAGAAAUUCGUAUGUGUCACCUACCUUAGUAUACAUAGGUAAGUUGUUUAUGAAGAAGCUUUAAAUUCACGAUUAGUCUCCAAACAAAAGUUUGGAAACGCAAUCUGAAACUAAAUAGAUACAUAGAAUUUGUAUGACUGAAUAAUUUAUUUAUUUAACUCAUAUUUUCCAUUGAUGUAUUAAAAUCACGGUGCGAUCGCUUGCACAGUAAGCUGCAAAAAUACGUGACCCCCUGCAAACAAAUCUCUAUGCAGGGGUCACUUAUCUCUGCAGCUUACUGUACUUAUAUUCAUCGAGUCGACUUGCGUCUAAUGACGCUCUUAUGUUUAGUACAUUGGCCUGAUUUCAGCGUCACAGUUUCCCUGUUUUUGUGAUAUCUUAUAUGUAGUUCUAGUUAUAAUAAUUUACUUAGACUUAAUUAGUUCAGAGAAAGCUAGACAAUUACAUAUUCCUAGUGUUGUAUAUAAUUAUGGAUUUUUACUGAGAUUAAAUUGUAUAUUUUAAAGAUUGGAUUAUAAUCAAUUCAAAAACGUGACUUUGUAAUCGUGUAAGAAAUAUAUUUGGUAUGAAUGAGAACAAACUAUAGAGAUUAGUGUUAUUGCAAAUGUGUUUGCAUCGAAGUGCCCAUAAUUUUGUACAUAACGUAAAACAUGUUCUUUGCGUGUUUACGAUACGCGAUAUCAAUUAUCAUUGUAAAUAUUUAGGUAUAUUGAUAUGUAGACAUUUUUUAAAUUGUUAAAUUGGCCAUCUUGUACCUUAAAUAAAACAAGUACUAUCGUCA